AUGGCAGGUGAUGGAGAAGAGGCUACCCUGCAAGGGCAAGCUAAAAUACUUCAAAUCAUGGAUAACUUCGUCGAAAGCAUGGCUCUCAAAUGUGUCGUGGAGCUCGGCGUCGCCGACACACUGAACUCCCACCCGAUGACUUUGCCCCAGAUUGCUGCUCGCAUUCCCUUCCCGAACCUCGACAUGUACCGUCUUUCACGUGUAAUGAGGUUUCUUUCCAGCCGGAAUGUUUUCAAUGCAACCUGCUUCUCGCAACGCAUCCAUGAAUACAAAAGGGUUUUUGAGGAAGCAAUGGCCUGUAACUCAAGGAUAGUCAUGAAAGCGGUUCUUAAGUAUUACCAAGGUGGGUUCGAUAAUAUCGAAACAAUCGUUGAUGUCGGAGGAGGAUGGGGAGCUGCUGUGGCGGAGAUCGUCGAGGCACAUCCUCAUAUUAAGGGUUUUAACUUUGAUCUUCCGAACGUUGUGGCUGGUGCACCCAAGUACCCCAAUGUCAUACAUGUCGGAGGUGACAUGUUUGACACUAUUCCCAUUAACCCUGAUGCAAUAUUUCUCAAGUGGAUAUUACACAACUGGAGCGACGAAAAAAGCGAAGAAAUCCUAAAGAAUUGCAGGAAAGCUGUAGAGGAGAGAAAGGGGAAAUUGAUAAUAGUGGACGGAGUUCUUCGUCCGAAAAGCGAAAACCUUUUAGAUGUGGAAGCACAGAGGUAUGAUUUGAAGAUGAUGGUUAUUUCUCCAAGUGGGAAGGAAAGAAGUGAAGAUGAAUGGGAGAAGCUACUGAAACGAGGAGGUUUCUCCCGUUACACCGUCAUCAAAAUCCCUUCUUUUCUAUCCAUAAUCGAAGCUUUCCCUUCUGAAUAA